AGCUCAUUUCCCCAAUUUCUGCCUUAUUGUUUUUGUGCUUAUCCUAAAAAAAUUAAAAUGGGUCAAAAAUCAGUUGCUGUUGGGCUAAAGAUUCUAAUUAAUCAGAAGAAGAUUUGUCAAAGCAAGGCAAUUGCUCCUAAUAAUGUUUUAAUUAUGUAUAGUUCAAGAUUCACCAAAGUGAAACCCAUCUUCCACACAAAUCCUACUCAAUCUAUCAGUAUUGAACAUAAUUGUUGCUUCCUCAAAUAUUGUUUCCUUUGCAACAAGACUUUGAGACUCGACAAAGAAGUUUAUAUGUACAAGGGUGAUCUUGGAUUCUGCAGUGUGGAGUGUAGAAACAGGCAGAUUUAUUUGGAUGAAAUAAAAGAACUUGAGACUUGUACUAAAAAUAUGUUACGAUCUUUUCGCCGAUGUGGAGACGAUAACCGCCGGCGGUGUAGUGAGGCUUCGGCUCUACUGGAGGAAUAUAAUCAACGGCGAAAUCCCCUAGCAUAUUCUAAGAAAAAUACUCGACCUAUAUUUACAUUAUCAUAAUUCGAAUUCGUUUUGCUUUAUUCUCAAAUUCUUUUAUUGGUUACAAUAAAAUUAUUGAUAGAAUAUAGUGCAAGUAUUAUUGAUCUGACUAUUCCAUAUAUGUUUUGGAUAAGAAAUCUUUGAUUAAAAACGAA